ACCGGAGCUAGGUCUUGGAGCAUUGUGUAACGCAACAUCACGGAAUAAAUUCCCGGAAACACUGACCACAGAUUCCGCUCGGUGUCUUCACGUCGCGACGCGUGCUGUUAGUAGGAAACGGCGUCAAUCGCGCUAUAAUUUAACCAAAUUAACUAGCGAACAAUGCAAUAGGUGCUGCCUAGAGACACGGAUAGAGAUCCAGACAGAUAACCAGAGGGAAAAGUGAGCCCACAGAGCUACAGAUCACACAAGGUUUGGUUGGAUUCGUGUAAAAAAAAAAAAAACAGAAAAUGUCCAAACCUAAUUAUACUGGCAUUUACCACAUGGUUUCCCAGGAAAAUUUUGAAGAAUAUCUCGCGGCUUUGGAUGUUAAUUAUGCAUUAAGGAAAGUCGUCUGCAUUCUGAAACCCAGCAAACAUAUUGAACACGAUGUGAACACUGGAAAAAUGAAGAUUAAGACAGUCACCACCUUUAAGAACUUUGACAUGGACUUCACUUUGGGACAGGAGUUCACUGAGGACCUGGGACCAGUCGAUGGGCGAAAGUGCCAGACCACAGUGAAUUGGGACGGUGAUAAAUUGAUCUGCGUGCAGCGAGGAGAGAAAGAGGGCAGAGGCUGGACACACUGGCUAGAAGGAAACCUCCUCCAUUUGGAGAUGAAGGUUCAGGAUGUCACUGCCAAGCAAGUCUUUAAGAAGGCUGAGUGAGGAUUGAGAGAAGAGAGAGAGAAAUAGAGGGGCCAUUUGUUGGGGUUUUUGAGCUCAGAUUGUUCUUAGAGCUCAGGGUUCAGAAAGAGGCCAUAUUGCAACAGUGAUUUGUCCCUGAGCUGCAACAAAUAGUGUUUAAAUGGAGACUACAAAUGAAGAAAUUGGUUCAAAGUUUAAAUGCAAAGGUUAAAUGAGAUCACGACAAUAGAGCCCUGUUGCCCUCUGUGAACAUUCAUGAAUGGUACUGUAAAAUAUGGAUCAGGCUAGAUUCAUGGCACCCUAAUAUUGUAUUAUGCAGAUAUGUUUACAGUAAGCAGAAGUAAUGAUUAAAUCAGUCAGUGGUUUAGCUAGUCAAGUGCAACUUGAAUUCUUGAUUCCUAAAUUCUAUUUAAUGUCUAGUGUCCUGCUAUUGGAUUGGCAAAUAAUGGAUUUGAUAAAUCUGUGUGAUAGCAUUUUGAUUAAAUGCAGUAGUCAAACAUUGUCUAAAAGUGUUGAAAUACCUGUGGUCUGAAAUAUGUAGAUUUGUCCACUCUAAAAUAUAACCAUUUAUAUUAC